GGGGGGUUUGACGAUGUUUGUGCCAGGCAGAUCGAGAAGCUUGCAGCAGAGCAGGAAGCGACUGCUACAGAGCGGGGACCUGCAAUCAACGACGACAUCAACAGCACUGCGCUCGGGAAUAUCUUUCUUCACCAUCAUGUAGCUUCGAGACAGAACGAUUGCAGAUAUACACUUCUAUAAUAGCUGGUAAAAUAGUGGCUGUGCAUUGUGCAACAAAAAAAUAAAAUUGAUGAGGAAUCGCAAGCUGGCUGGCUAGGCUAGCUAACUGCUCCAGGAAAAAUGAAGGAGGUGAAGGGUUGCGGUAUGCGGUCUUCCGUGGGCUUUCUGUCCCAGAGAAGGCUUUUCGGGAACCCGCUGAUGAAGGAAGAAUUUCAGAGGCUUAGGUUGGCAGGAUGCACAAGCCUUUACAAGAAAGAUAUGCUGGGACAUUUCGGGUGUGUAAACGCCAUAGAGUUUUCCAACAAUGGAGGGGAGUACCUUGUGUCCGGAGGGGAUGAUCGCAGGGUGUUACUAUGGAACAUGGAGAGAGCACUUCAUGCCCGCUCAGCCAAGCCUCUCAAACUGAAGGGAGAACACCUCUCCAACAUCUUCUGUCUGGCAUUUGACAGCACCAACAAGAGGGUGUUCUCUGGGGGCAACGAUGAACAGGUCAUCCUUCAUGAUGUAGAGCGAGGUGAGACUCUGAACGUGUUCCUCCACGAUGAUGCGGUGUACGGCCUGUCAGUCAGCCCCGUUAACGACAACGUGUUCGCCAGCUCCUCUGACGACGGACGGGUCCUCAUCUGGGACACACGGGAGCCGCCACACGGAGAGCCCUUCUGUCUGGCCAACUACCCAUCAGCCUUCCACAGUGUGAUGUUCAACCCGGCAGAGCCCCGACUGCUGGCUACGGCCAACUCCAAGGAGGGCGUGGGGCUGUGGGACAUACGCAAACCUCGCACUUCUCUGCUGCGGUAUGGCGGCAGCAUGUCCCUCCAGAGUGCCAUGUCGGUGCGUUUUAACAGCGCAGGGACCCAGCUCCUGGCAUUGCGUCGCAGGCUACCCCCGGUCCUCUACGAGCUACACUCUCGCCUACCCAGCUUCCAGUUCGACAACCAGGGCUACUUCAACUCCUGUACCAUGAAGAGCUGCUGCUUCGCUGGAGACGAGGACCAGUACAUCCUGUCUGGAUCGGAUGACUUCAACCUGUAUAUGUGGAGAAUCCCAAAGGAUCCUGAAGCAGGAGGCCCGGGUCGCGUGGUGAACGGAGCGUCCAUGGUCCUGAAAGGUCACCGUUCCAUCGUGAACCAGGUCCGGUUUAACCCCAGCACCUAUAUGAUCUGCUCCUCCGGGGUCGAGAAGGUCAUCAAGGCCUGGAGCCCCUACCAGCAGCCGGAGUGUCUGGGUGACCUGGAUGGUUUUGUGGAGGAUAAGUCCAGGAGUCUGUACAGCCAUGAGGAGUACAUCAACUUGGUCCUGAACAGCGGUAGCGGCCUGAGCCACGACUACGUCUCACAGUCCAUCCAGGAGGAUCCUCGUAUGAUGGCGUUCUUUGACUCUCUGGUGCGUCGGGAGAUCGAGGGCUGGAGUUCGGACUCAGACAGUGACCUGAGUGAGGGGGCCAUCCUGCAGCUCCACGCCAGGGGACGACGCUCCACACGGGCUAUAAGAGACGGCGCCGGGGUCCUGGUUGGGAGUGGAGUCGCCACGCCUCUACCGCCCGCUGCUGCUGCUACUGCCGACUCAGACCACUCCUCUUCGUCCUCAUUGGCUGCCCCCGAAGCCUCGGGGGCGGAGCAUCCUGAAGGGGUGGAGCCACCGCAGCCGAGGAGGCGUGGCAGCAGAUAUCAGCAGUCUGUGUUCUUAUUGGACCUGGUGGGAGAGGACUCUGACUCCAGUGGGUUCUGGCCGGACCCCAUGCCCCGGCCUCGCUCUCCCAGCCCCCGAGACAACUCCACCCUCUCCAGCCCCACCUCCUCCCCCGCCGGCGCCUCCUCUAGCUCCUCCUCUUCCACCUCCUCCACCAGCUCUGAGGACGAGGAGCAGAGGAGAGCCAGUAGGAGACAACGUACUGCAGCUCGGUGGCGACGCAUGCACUUCCCCCGCCUGUCCAGUGGGGGGCGCCCCGAGUCCGCCCAGGCCUUGUACCCCGGUGGGGUCGACUCCUGCUCCUACCCCAAGAUCUCAAUCGACGAGGCCUCAUCCUCCUCCGCAUCCUCCACGGAGCUUCAGCAGAACCAGGACUCGGUCCAGAUUGGACCCCACAGGAGUGGCUCUAAAACGGGGAGACACAAGUCGCACACCCGCCCUGGUUCUAGUCCUGCAGUGUCCCUGGACAGCCAGGACGACCGAGCAGAGCAGGAGGGGCUCCUCAUCGCCUCCCUUCUGUCUCAAGACGCCCUGCAGCAGAGGAACGAGUCCCGGGCAGGGAGGGGUGGAGAGAGGAGGGCUGCUUUAGAGAGAAUGGCCGAGGGCUUAGAUAGUCCUGAAGAGGCCGACGAGUCGGAUCAUAGUCGCUGGAUCUCCCCUAGUUCCAGACACCACAGCCCUGGGCUGAACGGGCUGCAGCACCUUGACAUGACUGAGGUGCCAGUAGGCUGUAGGGGUCGUCUGGCUUCAGACCUAUUUGAAUCAUCAGACUCAGAGGGAGAGAGAGACACCUUAGAGUUGAAAUCAGCAGGCACUAGGACCCUGGUGGAGGAGGGGGAGGAGGGGGGCUCAUCGUCUCAGAGAGGCCCAGCCCAGGGUGCGCUGAAACGGACUCACCUGGGGUCAAGAGGUCAAGGGUCAGGGGAGGGGUCAGGGGGGUCAGAGACCUCAGAGAAGAAGUUCAAGACAUGAUGAUUACACCUGAGGUGCCAGGUGAUCAUUUGGUUUAGGACCAGUUACAUCUGAAAUGACACCCUGUUCCCUACGGUGUACUACUUUAGGGCUACAGUAACCCGUAGACUUUAGGGCUACAGUAACCCGUAGACUUUAGGGCUACAGUAACCCGUAGACUUUAGGGCUACAGUAACCCGUAGACUUUAGGGCUACAGUAACCCGUAGACUUUAGGGCUACAGUAACCCGUAGACUUUAGGGCUACAGUAACCCGUAGACUUUAGGGCUACAGUAACCCGUAGACUUUAGGGCUACAGUAACCCGUAGACUUUAGGGCUACAGUAACCCGUAGACUUUAGGGCUACAGUAACCCGUAGACUUUAGGGCUACAGUAACCCGUAGACUUUAGGGCUACAGUAACCCGUAGACUUUAGGGCUACAGUAACCCGUAGACUUUAGGGCUACAGUAACCCGUAGACUUUAGGGCUACAGUAACCCGUAGACUUUAGGGCUACAGUAACCCGUAGACUUUAGGGCUACAGUAACGCGUAGACUUUAGGGCUACAGUAACCCGUAGACUUUAGGGCUACAGUAACCCGUAGACUUUAGGGCUACAGUAACCCGUAGACUUUAGGGAUAGGGUGUCAUUUCAGAAGCCUUAGACUCAAUUUAAGGUGGCUUUUCUAUGGAUUUUUACAAUCCAGUUUCUUGGUUUGGCGUCACUCUAAAAAGGGUGUCGCAAUUUUGAGACAUUGGGCGAGUUUGAUUUGCGUGGCCCAGGUGGGCGGAGUGAGCACAUUUUUUUAGACCAUUCCAUUGGUCCUUAAGUGAAAUCUCCACCCACCGCCCAUUGGGACACGUAUUCUUUUGUGAGCAAAACACAGUGACAUCAUCACUUCUGUGGUCAAACCACAAAGAGGACAUAGUAUACUAACAUAUAAGUAAUCAUAUUGACAGUAAUGGUAUUGUUAAUUCAUUUGCUAGUCAUUUAGUCUUAAGGCAGAAAUGUUGUGUUUUUUUUUUUUAUGUUCAUGUUUUGAAACAAAUACAUUGAGUUUUCAUUUUAAGAGAACACUCCUUGGGGGGGGGGGCUCAAAAUCAGGACUAACGCGUUCAGACGGUGUAUUUCAAUUGGAGUUAAUGAGACUAGAUUCAUUUAGAUUUUUUUCCCCCAGUGGGAUUCUCUGCUUAGCUUGGUGAAGUUUCUGCGUUUCCAUGGCAAUCUGGUGCAUCCAGCCCAACCAGCUGUUUUGAGUUUUGAGCAUUUAAAAUAAGAUAUUAUUUCAGUGUUAAAAGGAAUUGAUUUGCUCUUGUCUCCUCUCCUUCCUGUUACCAGCAGCAGCAAAUGUAUUUUUGUUGUUGUUGCUUUCUUCAAUUAAAGAAUCAUUCGUUAUCAAUGA